AUGCUGCAUCGGAUUCGGGUCGUACAGCCGUCGGAAGCCGCUGACACGGGCACAACGAAUGUAGUGAGGAGCAGCGUCACUGCACACUCGCCAUACUUGGGAGCCAGCAGGGUGCACGCAAUACACCCCAUACCCUACCAUGGUAAGACGAUUGCAGCUCCCACGCUCCUCCAUUUGCCGGGCGGCUGCCCGCCCAUCGGUUUCUGCUCGCCUCCGAAUUCGGCACGGGGCGCUAUCGCUGCUACCAGCUCUGUCAGUCACAUUGUCCGAGUCUAUGACUGUCCCUUUUGUACCCCGCCCUCGCUAGGGCCCCUCUUGCUGCUGCUACUGGCAACGGCGGCGCUGCUGGGCACCCCUGGGGCUUCCGCCAGCCAGGUGGCGCUCCGCGGCGGCAGUCUGGUCGUACAGAACGCCACAUGUCAGCCGGGCGCUGCGGAGUUGGCGGCUAGGGAUGCGGUCCUGCUGGCUAUUGCGGCCAAUGCCAGCGGGAAGGCGGCGCGGGCUGAGUUCGCACAGGCGUACCUCUGCCCAGACGGCUUAGACCUAUGCAACGGCCUGUCCGUUCUUGAGAGCCGCGCUACCAUUGAAGCCAACAAUUCGUACAUUCUUGGAGAACCCAAUUCUGUGUACGAGUCCCUGGAGCUCGUUCUGCGCCAGAACAAUACGUUGGCUUUGUUGAGUGGCGGCAACACCACCUUCUAUCGCUCCACCGCCACCCUGGGGGCCAAUAACUGGUGGUACGUCGGUAACGGAAGCACGCUGGGCUUCAAAAACUCCCGAAUGAUCUUCUCCAACUACAUGACGAUGAGUGUGGAAGACGGUGGUACGGUUACGUCCGACUACAGCGUCUUGGAGUUCAACGACGUGGUGCUGUACGGCAACAAUAGCCGCUGGAACUUCGUGGACUCAACCUGGUGUGUUUGCGUGUACGGGCGUGUACGUGUAUGUGCCCCCUUUGUAAAACCCCGAGCCAAGACGAAGAAAUGCGGACUCCAGGGAGGCACCCUGGCCAAGUGGUCCAACUACUCAGCCCUGCUGGCGAAUACCUCCCUGUUGCUCGUCAAUGCAACCCUGGAGUUGCACAACACCACGCUGGAGCUGUGGGGAAGCCCGCUGGGACUUGUAAACUCGCGCAUCGUACUGUACAACGGUAGCGAAAUCGAUGUGAGCGAUGGGAGAAUUCCUAGGGAUCGGGGUUAUAGGCUCUUCCUUGUUGCCGUCGCCAAGUUCUUGUGCGACUCCACCGCCGUAUACGAAAACAUCGUCGCUAGCUCGUCCUUCUCCACCACCUCCAAUGCGCGAGGUGCUCCGGCACUGGGGCUGCCGCUGGGUACCUCAGACGCGCUGGUGGUGGGCGAGCCGUACGGCACAGUGGAGCUGGCGGCUCCGUCGGCGCCGACGUUUGCUCAGGCAAUUCCUCAGGCAUUUGGAAGGCCGAGGGGCUUGCCAAGUUGCCUGGGUACUGCAAAGCACGAGCGCUACUAUGGACAAGCAAUCUUGCUGCUGGCUACUGGAGCUAUGCGCGUGACUCGCUAG